AUGGAGCCGCUGCCCCGGAAGCGCAAGGGCGCGCCCCCGGCGUGCUCCACCGCCAGGUCCCUCCAAGAUUUGGCCUCCCGCAAGCGCGCCUGCCGCGGUUCCGAGCCGCAGCAGUCCCCCCGCCGCGCCGACGCGGCCGCCCCCGCCGUGGUGAUGACGGCCCCCGCGGCGAGCGGCGCGUCGGCGUCGGCGGGGGUCCUCCCGGGGCGCGGGCUCAAGCGGAAGGUGGGCUGCAUCGACAGCGCCACGCGGAUCGGGCGGCGGAAGCGGCUGGAGAGCGAGUACGACCUCGGCGAGGAGAUCGGGCACGGCAAGUUCGGGUCCGUCCGCGUCUGCCGCCCCAAGGCCGGGGCCGGGGCCGCCGCCCCGGGCGAGGACGAGUUCGCCUGCAAGGCGCUGCCCAAGAACGCCGGGGACACGGCCCACCGCGAGGUGGAGAUCAUGCAGCACCUAUCGGGCCACCCGGGCGUCGUCACGCUCAGGGCCGUCUUCGAGGACGCCGACGCCUUCUACCUCGUCAUGGAGCUCUGCCACGGCGGACGGCUCCUCGAUGAGGUGGCCAGGGAGGGUAAGCUCUCGGAGCGCCGCGCCGCCAAUGUGAUCAAGGAGCUCAUGGCCGUCCUCAAGUACUGCCACGAGAUGGGCGUCGUGCAUAGGGACGUCAAGCCGGAGAAUGUUCUGCUCACCAAGGCUGGAAGGUUGAAGCUUGCAGAUUUUGGAUUGGCCGUGCGAGUUGCUGACGGUCAGCAAUUGAUUGGUGUUGCUGGCAGCCCCGCAUAUGUGGCACCUGAGGUUCUACUAGGAAAUUACUCGCAAAAGGUAGAUGUUUGGGCUGCCGGGGUGCUUCUGCAUGUUCUAUUGAUGGGCACUCUUCCAUUCCAAGGAAAUUCUGUCGAAGCCAUCUUUGAUGCUAUAAAGACUGUCGAGCUUGACCUUCACAGCAGUCAGUGGGCAUCGGUGUCAAUGCUUGUUCGCGAUCUCAUUGGCCGAAUGCUUAAUCGAGAUGUCUCUUCAAGACCCGAUGCCGAAGAUGUUCUCCGGCACCCCUGGGUCUUAUUCUACACCGAAUGCCCGCAGAAAGCUGAAUUCUCUGAACUAUGGGGUACUAACAAGACUGCAACUCCCAUGAUUCAUAGGGAGAGAGUUAGGUUUGAUUACUGCGAGUCUUUAUCUUCAGAAUCCUCAAGUGACAACUCUGAAGAGCAAGAUGAAUGUGGUAUAGUUGACGCACUGGCGACAGCAAUAACACAGGUGAGGAUAUCGGAGCCCAAGAGGACUCGGCUGUUCAGCCCAGCCAACGGGCUGUUGCCGCCAAGCAGGAACACUCUCCGAACAUGA